GCAGAAGGAACCUGCGCCGGCCCCGCCGCCCGGCCCCGGUGCGCAGCGAGCCCCCGCCAGCCCGAGCCGGGACCGCGGGCAGCGCCACAGGAGCACGGUCGUGGUUUGCCGUGAGACACGCAGGAGCCGGUGGGGCGAUCUCCAGUGAGCAAAGAGUUUGUGUUGGCAGAGCAACGAGCUCGGUCACCUGGGAAGAUGAGAAGACGUAUGACCUGUUACCUGUUGGUCCUGUUGGCGACCGCAACAACGGGCUACCCCUCUCGACGAUCCGCUGUCGACUUGGACGCGACCCCAAGGACGACGAUCGCCUAUAAUGAGUUAUCCGACGUCCGGCGCUUCCGCGGCCGCGCCCUGAACUACACCACCCUGCUGCUGGAGGACGAGAAGGGGAUCCUCUACGUGGGAGCGCGAGGGGCCAUAUUCUCCUUAAACUCCAGCAACAUCGCCGACGGCUCCCAGAGGGAGAUCCGGUGGGAGGCGUCUCUGGAGAAGCAGAUCGACUGCCUCCAGAAGGGCAAGAACAACAAGACCGAGUGCUUCAACCACGUCCGGCUCGUGCAGAGGCUGAACGACACCCACCUGUACGCCUGCGGCACCUACGCCUUCCACCCGCUGUGCGCGGCCAUCGAUGCCGACAGGUUCGCGCUGCCGCCCCACUUGGAGGAGGGCAAGGAGAAGUGUCCGUACGACCCCGCCCGCGGCUACACCGGCCUCAUCGUAGAUGGCGGGUUGUACACAGCCACGCGGUACGAGUUCCGCAGCCUGCCGGACAUCCGGCGCAACCUGCACCAGCGGCCCCUGAAGACGGAAGAGUCCCCCAUGCACUGGCUAAACGAUGCGGAGUUUGUGGCCUCUGUGCUGGUCCAGGAGAGUGUGCGCAGCCCAGUGGGGGACGAUGACAAGAUCUACUACUUCUUCAUGGAGCGGGCGGCGGAGGAGAGCGCCUCCUUCGACAAGAGCCAGGUGGCCAGGGUGGCCAGGGUGGCGCGGGUGUGCAAGAGCGACCUGGGAGGGAAGAAGAUCCUGCAGCGGAAAUGGACGUCGUUCAUGAAGGCCCGGCUGGUCUGCUACAUCCCCUACUACGAGGUGCUCAAGGCCGUGCACAGCGUGGACGGGGGCAGCUGGGCCAGCACCGUCUUCUACGCCACGUUCACCUUGUCGGCUCAGUGGAGGAGCAUGGAGGCAUCCGCCGUCUGCCAGUACAACAUCUCUGAGCUGCAGCGGGCUUUCGAGGGCCCCUACAUGCAAUACCAGGACACCACCCGCAAAUGGACCCUCUACGACGGGGAGGUGCCGUCCCCACGGCCGGGCUCUUGCAUCACCAACCGCUCCCGCCAGGACGGCUACCGCUCCUCCCAGGACCUGCCCAACGACGUGCUGGAGUUCGUCAAGCUGCACCCGCUGAUGUUCGAGGAGGUGAAGCCGGCGCGGGGGGAGCCCCUGCUGGUGAAGAAGAACGUGCUCUACACGGCUCUGGCGGUGGACAGGACGCCGGCCCUGGACGGCCAGCAGUACGACGUGCUCUUCAUGGGGACGGGUGACGGCUGGCUGCACAAGGGGGUGGUGAUCGGCCCCGCCGUACACAUCGUGGAGGAGCUGCAGGUCUUCGGGGCCCCCCAGCCCGUGGAAAGCCUGGUGAUCUCCAAAGGCCAGAGAAGCGUGUACGUGGGGGCUGCCAGCGGAGUCCUGCAGCUCCCCCUAUCCAGCUGCGGCAGGUACGGCUCCUGCUACGACUGCAUCCUGGCCCGGGACCCCUACUGCGCCUGGGACGGCGAGGGCUGCAGGGAGGUGGCCGGCACUGCGGACAGGACUCAGCUGACCCAGGACGUGCAGCACGGCAGGGAGGGCUGCAGGAACGGCUCCGCCCAGGCGCCCCCUGUGCAGAAGAACCGGACGGUGCUGCGGGGCGACGACGUGCUGCUGCCGUGCGAGCAGCGCUCCAACCUGGCACGGGCCGCGUGGCUGGUGAACGGCACGGCGGGGCUGGUGGCCGGGCGGGGCCAUUUCCGAGUGGGGGUGGACGGGCUGCUGGUGACAGACACCCUGCCGGAGCACAGCGGGGACUAUGGCUGCUACGGGGAGGAAAACGGCCUGCGCUCCCCGCUGGCCGCCUAUGCCUUGACGGUGCUGCUGGAGCCGCCCAAGGAGCGGGCGGCGCCCACGGCCCCGCCACCCCCCAGCCCCGACCGCCAGGCCUCCCCCGACAUGAAGUUUGUCUACAUCGCGGUGAUCGCCAUGCUGGGCGGGCUGUGCCUGGUGCUGAGCGCUGUGCUGCUCCACGUCUCCUGCCUUCAGCGCCGCAAGGGCAGGUACGUGCUGGGCGACCCCCGCGCCCCCUCCGUGGAGCUGCAGACGGUCUCGGCCAACUGCCUGGGCGGGGGCCGGGAGGAGGAGGAGCUGAGCCGGGAGGACGGCUGCCUGCAGAUCAUCCCGGGCGAGGCCCCCACGGCGGCGUCCCCGGCCAGGGAGACGCCCCUGGCGCCCCCCCCGCCGCCCCCGCCACUCCCGGCCGAGUUCACCAACGGCAUCGCCGCCCUGCCCAGCAUGCUGCGCAAGAUGAACGGCAACAGCUACAUGCUGCUGCAGCAGCAGGAGGAGCCCAGCCCCUCGCCCCUCUACAACACCUCCUUCGCCGAGGAGCUGAGCAAGAUCCUGGAGAAGCGGAAACACACGCAGCUGGUGGACAAGCUGGACGAGAGCUCCGUGUAGGGGCCCCCGGACGCCGGUCGGAUUUGAUCCCCUGCCCCCGUCCCCCCCCCACCAACCAGUGUUACACAAACCCACGGGAAAACUACCUCUGGAACCGAACCGCCGGGCUGGGCCUCGGAGCGCCGGGAUCCCUCUUGCUAGGACCGCUUGGGCUCAGAGCCUGUUGUAAAGAGACAUUGAUUGAAAUGGGACGUCUAUUUAUGUAUAAAAGAUGACAAUCCGGAAACAGGAGCCAGACAUACGGCUGGGUCGGGGUGGGGCGGGAGGAGACGCCUGCCCGGACGCUGGCCUCGGACCACGGCAUCGGAGCGCUCCGGCGAGGUCUCUCCCCAGUCCUGGGAGCGGCAGCCGGGCCGUGGAGAGGUGGGAGCUGGCCCCUGUGCGCUGAGAAGAGGUAGGUGACAAUGGCGGCAGUUGUUAAAGCCCUGCCUGCGAGCUGCUUUCUGGUGAACGCUCUCAGGUAGCGUCCCAGCGCCGGGUCGGGGCCGAACGCUGUGGCCGUUGCUUGCCAGGGGCUCGCCCAGCGCUCGGGCAUUUCAUCGCUGCCGGUGGUGGGGUUGGCUCUGGCAGAGCAGCGUCCAGCAGCCCCAGCUGAGAUCGGGGCCCCGUCGUGCUGAGGCUGGGCAGAGACCAUCAGGCAGUCCCUACCUGCUAAGCAGACGAGACAGACCAAUAAGGGGAGAGAGGGAGCACCAGCCAUCCCCACCGUGCAGAGCGACUCACCCAGGGAGUUGAACCCUGAGCUUCCGGGGUGCAGCUUAGUGCUUGAACCACUAGGCCAGCCUUCCUGAUGGCAGCUGUGCCCUACUGUGUGGUUUUGUUUAAUAAUAAUAGGAGAUAUCCUAUCUCCUAGAACUCAAAGGGACCUUGAAAGGUCAUAGAGUCCAGCCCCUGCCUUCACUACCAGGACCAAGUACUGAUU